CUUUUUUUGCUCUAUUUUUGCAUUUGUCCUGCCCCCCCCAAAAAAAAAUCGUUUUUGAGCGCUUUGAAGCAGCGGCCAUGUGUGUCAGUGCGCAGGCGGAGAGAAGCGGCGUUGCUCGGCUGCUGAUGCUGCUCCUGCUGGGGGUCUCCGGUUCUUUAUGCAUGGACGUCAUUGUGCCAAGUAAAAUCAACGUCAAGAAUGGGACAGAUAUCAAAAUCCCCUGCACUUUCACUUCCUGCUAUAAGAUAAACCCGCCCAAGUUUGUCAUGAACUGGACCUACCAAGAAACAGUCAACGAAACGGAAAAAAUGUUUAUGGCGUACAACCAGAAGAAAGGAAUGAUGGCCCGGCGGUUGGUCACGCUGCCAGACAGGGUCCCGUUCGCAGACCGGGUCACGUUCGCAGGGAACCUGGAAAAGAAUGACCUGUCAAUCACCUUGUCAGAUGUUCAGGAGGACGACGAGGGCUUGUAUCACUGUUACGUGAUCAAUCCCCCGGACCGCAUACACGGACACGGCUUCAUAAAGCUCAAUGUUUUUCCUGAACUGCCGCCGCCGAGAGACUCCACCAUUGCGGUUGCGAUCGGGGCGUCAGUGGGCGGAGUGCUCGCUCUCCUCAUCCUUUCCAUGGUCGUCGUGAAAUUCCUCCGUCAUCAUCUCAAGCAGGAACUGAUCUCGGAGGAGAAGACGGAGGAAGAGGGGAAAUUAGAGGCUGAAGGUGCCACAGAAGAGGGAACAAAACAAGCGUAAAUGGAGCAUCAGACUGGACCAGUAGCCUGCAGAGCCAUCACCUCUCCCGGUGCAACCAUCCUUCACAGCAACUGCCUUGUCAGCAUCAAAGUAAAAGGGAUUGAUGCUAUAAUCUGCACCUCCGAUAAAAACAUGUGAUGGAAAACUUAAGGGAUGAGUGAUAGUAAGUCAUGUCAUUUAUACAAUGGUACCUCGUUUUGUUUUUUUUGCCCGUAAUCCGAGUCAUACAGAAAAAUUCAUAAAAUAAAUAAAAUAAAAAAAUUGUGAGGAAUAAUGCAAAUUCAAUCAAUCUGGUUCCGAUUCCCAGAAAUACGGACACAAAAACACAUUUUAUGGAGAAUAAUUAUAGUUUGACAUUCAGAAAAUAAUGAUAGAUACACAAAAUUAAUUAAACGUACGAACGAACAUUUUAAAGCAGGGGUCCCCAAACUUUUUAACUUGGGGGCCGCAUUGGGUUGAAAAAAUGUGUCCGGGGGCCGAGCUGUGUAUAUAUAUAUGAAUCAAAUACAUUUUUGAAAAUAUUUUUUAGGCCAUCUCCAUUUAACCAAAAGUAGCUUUUCUAAUCUCUAACAUGUUUAAAAAAAGUUUUUAAUAUA